CCGGCAGCUGGAAAGGCUGGAAGGGAGUUUCAGUUUACAGCGGCUGGCUGGGACCAGAGCGGACGCCCGGCUCCGACGACGAGGCUGUACACCAUGAUCCUUUUCCUUUUGACCCUCCUCACCCUUUUGCCAGCUGUUUCUACACAGGAAUCUGUCCUUGAUGAAACACCAUCGUGCCCAAAGUCUGUGCCUAUCCGAGGUGGCACCUUUUCACUCUCAGAUGGGUUUCGCCCAGGAAGCAUCCUCACCUAUUCCUGCCCAGUUGGCACCUAUCCGUAUCCAGCCCAAAGCCGGAUCUGCCAGUCGGAUGGGAAGUGGACGCCCAUGCGCUCCCUCAGUGGACACCGUCUCAACCAAGCACAAUGUAAAAAGAUAAGUUGUCCGCCACAGAGAUCCUUUGAAAAUGGCUCCUUUGGCCCGCGGCGGAGCUCGCAUCCUGUUGGUGACAUCCUGAGAUUUGAGUGUUCAGACGGAUACCAGCUCCUGGGUUCCUCCCGGCGGCAUUGCUUGCCUAAUGGAUAUUGGAAUGGAACUUCCCCAGUUUGUGACGAUGGAGCGGGGCACUGUCCAAGUACUGCCAUCCCACCAGGGGCAAUUGUUACUGGGGGCCGCAACCGUCUUGGCGAUCGGGUCUCAUUCCAGUGUCAGAGUGGCCUAGACUUGGUAGGGUCAUCCCAGCGUGUCUGCACUCCAGAGGGUGAAUGGUCAGGAGCUGAGCCAAGUUGUAGAGCCUCCUUUUCUUUUGAUCGGGCCGAAGAUGUUAGAGCAGAGUUUGGAGCCUCACUAACAGAAGUUCUGAGCGAUGUGUCAUCUUCUGGUCCUGACCCUUCUGGGACAGCUCAAGCUCCAUCUUUAGGACGACGGAUUAUACUGUCCAGAGACAGUUUCCUCUAUAUCUAUUUGCUUGUGGAUGCAUCUCACAGCGUAACUGAAGACAACUUUAAAAUCUUUAAAGAUUGUCUGCACACCAUCAUCACUAGGAUUGCCAGCUUUGAUGUUCCUGUCAAGUUCUCUGUGAUCUCUUAUGCCAGCCAGCCCAAGACCAUUGUUGACAUCUAUAACGAUAUCGCUGAAGAUCCGGAAAUGGUUCUUGACGAGAUUCAAAAUGAGAUGAACUACAAAGACCACGGCAAUGCAACAGGAACCAACAUUCAGGCAGCGCUUGAAGCUGUGUACAACAUGAUGAUUAAAGACGAGGCGGACGCAUCUUCCAAAGUGCAGUGGGACAAAAUCCGUCACGCUAUUGUUCUUUUCACGGAUGGGAAGUCCAAUAUGGGAGGUUCUCCCAAACAGGCAAUACACAGUAUAGAAGACUUCUUGCAUGUGAGUGGAAACAGAAAAGACUACCUGGAUAUUUAUGCUUUUGGUGUUGGAAGCCUUGAUGUGGACUGGGAUGCCAUGAAUGAGAUAGCAUCCAAAAAGCCAGGCGAGAGACACGCCUUCAAAAUGAAAACUGCAAAGGAAUUGAAGAAGGCCUUUGAAGAUGUUCUGGAUCCCAGAGAUCUUGAUGAUAUAUGUGGCUUGGCAAACAACUCAGACAGUGCCAGAUGGGAUCAGAAGAGCCCAUGGCACGUGCUGCUCCAGUACAAAUCGCUGACAGAACCUUCUUGCCGGGGUGCCUUGGUUUCAAAGACAUGGGUUCUAACAUCUGCUCACUGCUUCAUCAAAUUAAAUGAUACAUCCAGCUGGACCGUUAUUCUGGCAGGAGGAGAGACCAGAAUGCAAGUAAAGAGACGGAUUGACCAUGAAUUGUUCAAUGUUCGAGCUAAGGUGGCCCAGGGCAUCCAGGAAUUUUACGACUAUGAUCUCUCCCUACUCGAACUGGAAAGACCUGUGCAGUUUGGUGGGAGAAUCAGGCCGAUCUGUCUUCCUUGCACUGAAGGUGCUAACAGAGCCCUGAAGAAGAAGCCGUGGAGCACAACGUGCAAGGAUCAUGAGCUGGAGUUGCUGAGUUUUGAGAUGGUGCCAGCCCAGUUCAUAUCCUUGGACAACAAAAGGAUGGAUGUGCAGAUCAAGACAAGGAGAAGUCGUCCCUCGUGUAUUUCUGCAGCCAUUCAAGACAAAAAAGUAUUUCCCCAAGUGUCUGAUGUCUCCGAAGUGGUGACGGACAGAUUCCUGUGCAGUGGAGGAGAUAAAACUGUGGAGGCUGCCACUUGCAAAGGUGAAUCUGGAGGAUCAUUAUUUGUGGAAAGGAGGGAAAGACUCAUUCAAGUGGGUGUGAUCAGCUGGGGCACCUAUAACCCUUGUGAAAGGAAGAAGAAAAAUUGGGACCUGGAGGAGACAGUGCGGGAUCCCCCUCCACAGAAUCAUAAGCCACGAGAUUUCUACAUUAGUCUCUUUGGCGUGCAGGACUGGCUGCAGCAACAUCUGGGCACAUCUCUGAGAUUUAUCCCUAAGCAAUAUUUCACAAGCAGCAGUACUGCUGUGGUGCUGCGGCCGCUGCAAAAACUGCGGGAAGAGAGCGGGCAAACUCAACAGGAGGGAGAACCAGAAAUGAAGCUGCUUGACCAGCUUUUCUACAUCCUUGUUGCCCUCGGGGCAUUUUGCCCAGAUGCAACUGAUGGUGCCUGUGACCCGAAGACAGCUGAGAUCGAAGGGGGCACAUACACAGUACUGGAAAAUGGCAGUGUGCUGAAAUACGAGUGCCCGGAAGGGAAGUAUCCAUACCCUACAGAGUAUCGGUCAUGUCUUUAUGACAGCAGCUGGAGCACCAUGAAAAAUGUGUUUGAAAGGAUUGUCCCCACAGCCAUUUGCCGAGACAUCCGUUGCGUCAGGCCUCUGGAUUUUGAAAAUGGCCAGUAUGAGCCCCGCCAGCUCUACUACAAUGUAAGCCAGGAGCUGAAGUUUGUGUGCUACCAGGGGUACACACUGCGGGGGUCACAGAAUCGCACCUGCCUCCCCAAUGGGAAAUGGAGUGGAGAGACAUCUAUAUGCGAUGAUGGAGCUGGCCACUGUCCAAACCCUGGUGUCCCCAUUGGUGCCCGAAAAGCUGGCACCCAGUAUCGCAUAGAAAACCGGGUCCGCUACCAUUGUGACGGAGGACUCUCUCUCGUGGGAUCCAAAGAACGUACUUGCCAAGAAUCAGGAAGCUGGAGUGGAUCGGAACCAGAAUGUCGAAGCCCGUUCACCUUUGACACCCCAGAAGAAGUCUCCUCUAAGUUUAUCUCAUCCCUCACCGAAGUUGCCGAGUCUGCGGACUCUGAUAGAAAUGUUUCUGCUACAGAGAAGCGUAGAAUCCAUAUAGAGGCUGGUGGCUCAAUGAACAUCUACAUUGUCCUUGAUGCCUCCCGAAGCAUUGGCCAGCCAACAUUCCAGAAAGCUCAGAACGCGACCAUCAAGUUCAUUGAGAAGAUCUCCAGCUAUGACACCUACCCCCGUUACGGCAUCAUCACUUUUGCCACUGAGAGCAAAGAGGUUGUGAGUACGACCCACCCGCAGAGCAUCGACGCCUCCUGGGUGAUCGAGCAGCUGGAGGCCAUGAAAUAUGACGUACACAAGCUGAAGCCUGGAACCAACAUCAGAAAAGGCCUGCAAGCUGUCUAUACAAUGAUGAUCAAUCAGCAAGUGGAUGAACAGAGCAAGGGGAUGGACCCUGCUCCUAUUGCCACCACUACUCGCCAUGUUAUCAUCCUCCUUACUGAUGGUGAUUACAACAUGGGGGGGACCCCAGUUCCUGUCAUUAACAGUAUUAAGGAAUUCCUCCGUAUCAGGCCUAGUCAGCAAGAUCCUCGUAAUGACUACUUGGAUGUUUACGUCUUUGGUAUUGGAAGUGCGAUCAACGUGGGUAAUGUGAAUGACUUGGCAUCUCAGAAGCCUGGUGAAAGACAUAUCUUCAAACUCAAGGACUACAGUGAAGUAAAGGAUGCCUUUGAAGAAAUGAUUGAUGAGAGUCAAGCUUUAUCUAUGUGUGGCUUGGCCAAGGAACACACAGGAGCAGAUGACCAAGAGAAGAAUCCCUGGUAUGCCACAAUCGUUAUCAGGCGUGCUGGAAAGGGAUUUGAACGCUGCAAAGGAGCCCUUGUUUCUGAGUAUUACAUCUUGACAGCAGCCCAUUGCUUCACCAUAGACGACAAAGCUGAAGAGAUCACUGUCAACGUAGGAAAUAAGCGCUUCGGGGUGGCUGCCCUCCGAUCCCACCCACAGUAUACUAUUGGGAAGCUACGAGAUCGUGGAAUCCCUGAAUUCUAUGAUUAUGACGUUGCCCUGGUGAAACUUGACCAAAAAAUUGCAUUCUCUCCCUUAGCAAGGUCAAUCUGCCUGCCGUGUACAGCAGGAGCCACCCGGGCUCUGAGGAAGCCCCAUCCACAGACCACCUGCAAGGAUCAUGAGGAAUUGCUCCUGACGGUUGGGAACAUCCCUUCGCUUUUUGUGACCGACUGUACCCACCAAAAUGAACAGAGGCCUGGGCUGCUUCGCAGAACUGUGCGGAUCAAGAAUGGCGAAAAGAAAAUGGGUUGUGAGGCAGAUGCCAAGAAAGCCAUCCAGUACAAAAAUGUCACGGACGUCUCACAGGUGGUGACGGAACGCUUCCUCUGCACAGGGGGCGUUGACCCUCAAGUGGACCCCAAUACGUGCAAAGGUGAUUCUGGUGGUCCCCUCAUCAUUGCGAAAAGGCAGCGUUACAUCCAGGUGGGCGUGAUCAGCUGGGGUGUGGUUGAUGUUUGCAAAAAUAAGAGACUGCCUGAGUGUGAAAAUGACAGACGUCACCUCGACCAGUCCCCCUCCCACGCCAGGGAUUUUCAUAUCAACAUUUUCAAAGUCUUGCCCUGGCUCAGGGCACAGCUGCAAGAAGAAGGACUCGAUUUCCUGUAGACUUGCUCUUUUCACCCUACGUGGGAUGUUCUGUGUAAAUAGAACUGGUAUCUUCAGAUCCUGUAAAGUUAACAGUUGUGUAUUAAAUGCCAUUGUAUGAAAAAAAA